AAAAGUGCACGAGUGAUAUAAUGUGUAGUACCUUGUGAACGAAUUUAUUCAUCUUAUUGCGAGUAAAAGUGCACGAGUGAUAUGAUGUGUAGUACCUUGUGAACGAAUGAACGUGUCUGAUUAUGAAUGAUUUUUAAAUAGUCACUGUCAAUAGUGACAGUAUUUAUGUGAGUUUAUAUCAAAUAUACUAUAUGAGAAAGAAAGUAGGGAAUUUUAGUAAGAAUUUUGUAAAGAAUAUUUUAAUAAUUUUUGCACGACAUAACUUUGUUUGUAUGAUAAAUGUUUACAGUCCUUUUAUAUAUAACAGAUGUCCUAAAUAAGGACGAUGGUGUGUGUAAAUAAAUUUUUGUGAGCUCAUGCACUUAAAUAUAGCAUAGUAAUACACUAAUCUAAAAUAUAAACACAUAAAGGGAAAACUAUUUUACAUUUAUUUGAUUUAACCUGAUAUUAUUCAAUAUUAUUAUUUAACUAGAGAAAGGAGAUUAUUUCUUAUAUUAAAUAUGUCCAAGACGAGGAACAACAUGCGCAGCAGUGAGGAACACAGUAGUCUAUCUUCUUGUACAUCAUCAUCAUUAUCGUCAGAUGAAGAGAUAGAUACAAGAGAUUUAAAACCAAUUAAGAAUUAUUUAACUAAUCGUAAGGAAUUAGCACGACAACUUUUCAAAUCUGUUAAGCUAGAAAAGAUUCGUAUGAUGUUGCCUCAAGUUUUGAAACAUGUAGAUUUUAAUGAACUAGAAGAAUAUUGUGUAAAUGAGUUAAAUGGUAUGUCUAAAGCCCGAAUAUUAUCAAAAUUAAAUGGUAAACCUAUGUUGGAAUCUUCAGAUACAAGUGAAACAGAUGAUUCAGGACCUUCGCUAGAAAUUAUUUCUGACACAGAAGAAUGGCUGACGGAUGAUGAUAUAUCUAAAAAGGAAAAUAGCAAACAGGGAAAGUUGAUAAAAAAAGAUAAAAUAAAAAGAAAAACACAUAUUAAGAAAAAAAAUACAGAUACGUCUAAUUCUAAAGCAAAAUGCAGUAUUAAAAGUGAAAAUAGUGAUAAGAACAUUAAAAUUAAAAGAGAGGAUGAUAAAGAUAAAGGAAAAGAGGGAGACAGUUUGUUAGAUUUAUUAGAAUUAGAAAUGCGCGCUCGCGCUAUAAGAGCUUUGAUACGAAAAGAGGAGGAUGUAAUGCCAUCCACUAAUCCAUCAGAAACAAGUAACGGUCAGACAACAGAGAAUAACAUUGGAACGUCACAAGAUGAUGACAAGGCCAAAGAAACAUGUCGUAAGCAGUUAGAAAAAAUUAUCAAUGCUCAACAAGGUACCAAAGGCGAAGAUGAAGAUGUUGUUUUAGUAAUUCAACCUACGCCAGUCGUGGAAUUAUUGUCUAGCGAUAGUGAUGGGGAAGUGCAUGACGAAACACGAGUAAAUCAAAAGAAAAAUGAACGUGCAACUGGAAAAUCUGCGAACACCUCCGAUGAAAAUAUGAAGAAUUCUAACAAAACUCUAGGAACUCAAGUAACAGGGACACACACUACUUAUAGUAAUACAAAUAUUCUAACCAAAACUGAUUUGAGCAGCGAAACAAGAACAAUAAUGCCUGAUAGAAAUGUAGAUAUAAAGAACAAUACAUUAUCAAUAUCAAUUUCUGCAGAUAACGUUGCAGAAAGACGCAAAAAAUCGAAGAAAAAGUCACAUUCAAAAUCACAGCUUACUUCUUCUGCUAGUGAAAACAUUUCAAAUACAAAACAAAUUUAUACUACCGAGAUUAUAGAACAAUCAAAUAAUUUAAAGAAUGACACUAUAGACAAUACUACAGAACAAUUAAGCUUUUCUGACGAAAAUGAAGUUAUGGAAGAAAAGAAUAACACAAAAGAAGAGGCAUCAAAAGAAGAAAUAUCAAAGGAAAGUAGAAUUGAAGAAGAGAGAUUGACAGAGUUGGAUGAAGUUAUUGACUUAGAUGACUUGGAUGAUUAUUGUGAUGUUAUGGAUAUAGAAAAUUGUGAUGAGGAUAAGAGUGAAGAUGAAGUUAUUAUUCCUUUUUCAGAAGAACAUAAACAAUCUGCACCUGAAACAACUUUAUCAAAAUCAGAUUCAACAGAAACUUGGGCAUCACGUUAUUAUCAAACUGAUGAUGUUCAGAAUGUAAUAAAAGAAUCAAAGAUACAAUCUGAAAUCCGGAAACGAUUGAGAGAACGUCAAAGAUUAUCUAAAUUGAAUAAAUCACCAAAUUUGAAUUUACCUUCACAAUCCUCAACUGAUACAGCUGCUACAUCUGAAAAAGUUCCAACAGGAUCAGUAGAGGAAUAUUUAGCUUUAAAGCGUGCAAUGAAUGCAAAUGUUAGCCCUAACAGUAAUAAUGCAAAUGUUAGCACUAACAGUAAUAAUAAUACAACACAAGAUAAUCCUUUUGAAGUUAUCAGCAGUGACUCUAAUAUAAAAGAAAUGUCAGUACAAGAUGAAAAUAUUUCUUCCAAUCAAGAUAAGACAGAUGGUACGAAUGAUGCACAGAAAGCAGCAGAAAAUUCAGAAAAAAUUACUUCUGAAAUUACUGAACCUACCGAAGCUACCGAAUCUACUGAAUCUAUGACAGAAAUCGAUACAAAACAUGAUUCUCAGCCUGAUUAAUUUUUUUCUUGUAAAUGUAAUUAAAUUUUAAUAUUAAGAUUAAUA